AUGAGUUCAACACGCAAAUCUCAAGUUCAAUCAAGCAAAGUUGCAUCAGAACAAAUAAAAACCUAGAAGGAUAUUGAUAUGGAAUCAGAUGAGGACAGAAAUGAUGAGAAUAGAAAUGAUAAUCAGCAGCAGAGCAGACCAAAGCUUUCUAUUUAGAGACAGGAUGGAGAUAAUACAAAUGCUACUUACUCAUUCUUGAAUGAGGAUCACACUCUUGGCAAUCUACUCAGAAAUGUCAUCAUUAAAAACAACUAAGUAGAAUUCUGCGCCUAUUCAGUUCCUCAUCCAAGUGAGCCAAUUAUGAACGUCAGACUACAAGUUGCCCCAAGCUGUGGAGACACUAAAAAGGUAUUAAAACACGGACUUAAGAGAAUAGCAAAGAUGAGUGAUGUACUAACAGAAAAAUUCUAGAAUGCAUUGGACAAAUAUGAAAAUAGAAUGAGCGAUUGA